GUGCCAGUUUGGAAAACUUGCUGCUAAUCUUUGUUGAUAAUUUCCGCCAGAUCUUGCUGCAUUUAUGAUUAUUGGUUCUGCACAUCCGAUGGUAAUAAAUAACAUUAGUUACGUUAACUGAAUAGCGGAAACUAUCUGUAUUUAUUUAUCUAUUGGUCAGUUUAUCGCUGCGUCCCUGUGGAAAUUUGCUAGUCAGACUUAAAUGGAAAUGUCUACAAUCCAGUGUUUAAGGAAGUUGAUCGAAGACAGACUAAGUGCUGCUGCUGAAGAAAUAUUUGGAGCUUUUGAAAAGACUAUAGUAAAGUACGAGGAUGAGAUCGAUCGUCAUCGCAGGCUGUUCAAAGUUUGGGAACCUGAAUUAAAGUUACACAGGAUAGAGCUCCCACAGCAAAAUGUCGGUCAGGAGCAGGAGCAGGAGGAGGAGGAAGAGGUUCUUGCUGCACAGCUGCUCUUUAAAGAGGAGAGGAGCUCCAGUCUGGACCAAGAGGAACACAAACCUUCAGAGAUGAAAGAAGAAGAGGAGGAACUCUGCACCAGCCAGGAAGGAGAGCAGCUUGUACUGAAGCAGGAGACUGAUACCUCCAUGUUGAUUCCUACUUACGAAGAAAGUGUCCACAGUGAACCAGAGGCGAGCGACAUCCAGCUCCCCUCUCACAACUCUCAUAACUCUCAUAUAGCUGAGAGCCAAGGACACAAAGGUGGCAAGAAUGGAGACUCAACAUCAACUGCAAAUGCACAGCCAAAGUCGAAGAAGAGACCUCGCAAAAGCAAAAGUCCCAGGAGCCAUGUAUAUAACCUGAGUACCUGCUCUGGUAAAAAUAUGUUCCAGUGCGACAAUUGUGGGAAAGCUUUUAGGCGUAAGUCCCAAUUAGAUACACAUCUGAGAGUCCAAACAGGUGCGAAAGAAUAUUCUUGUGAAACAUGUGGGAAAUAUUUCAGAAUUCAUUGUAACUUGAUGAUCCACAUGAGAAGCCACAAAGGUGAGAGGCCACAUUCUUGUGAAACGUGUGGGAAAUCUUUCAGAUUUCAUAGUGGCUUGGUGGUCCACAUGAGAAUCCACACAGGUGAGAGGCCAUAUUUUUGUGAAACAUGUGGGAAAUAUUUCAGAUAUCAUGGUGGCUUGUUGAUCCACAUGAGAAUUCACACAGGUGAGAAGCCAUAUGCUUGCAAAACUUGUGGGAAAGGUUUUAUAAGUAGUAGUGGCUUGUUGGUCCACAUGAGGACGCACACAGGUGAGAGGCCGUAUAUCUGCACCACUUGCGGGGCAAGAUUUGGUAGCAAGCCAGUAUUGAACACACAUGUGAGUAUCCACACAGGUGAGAGACCAUACUCCUGUAAAAUAUGUGGGAAAGAUUUCCGACUUGGCAAUGGCUACAGAUCCCACAUGAGAAUCCAUACAGGUGAAAAGCCGUAUACUUGCACAACAUGCGGGAAAACUUUCAGAGUUAGUCGUCAAUUGUUAGUCCACAAUGGAAGAUUCCACUCUGGAAGUGCCCACACUGGUGAGAAGCCAUAUUCCUGCAACACUUGUGGGAAAGAAUACUUAAGUGUGUCUAAUUUGAAAAGGCAUAUGAGAUCACACACAGGCAAGUAGCCUUGAUAAUAUAUGGGAGAUGGUUCAGUUGUAGCAUUUCAUGGCCAAAACACACCUGAACCCACAGAAGUGAAUCUUUUGCAUGAGCUGCAUCUCAGCAACUGUUUAAGUCUUAGUUAAAUGCAGUUAAUUGUCAAAAAUGUUUUUUAAACGACCCUCAUUAUUAUCCUAGAUAUCACUGUAUUACUCAUAUUUUGUGUUUGCAGCAGUAUUUCUUUAUAACUAUUCUUAUCUCCUAUCAGUGAGUGCACAGUCCCUAACAAUAUAAAUGACUGACCUCAUAAAUCAUUAUUCUUUUUUAUUAUUUGUAUACACUACCUCAGUUAUGUGAGUCAAUUAUGAACUCUGAGCUGAGAUGUUGGGCCAAUUGCAGUAUGAUGUCAUCUUGCAAACUACGGUCUCUUUCUGUCUACAGCCUUUCAUUUGAUAUUUUCGUGUAGUUCUUGAUAUAAUUGUUUUGAUUUUAGGCUUUAGUGAAGAUACACAAAUUGUAAUGAUGCACUACAUGGUGCUGUCAACAAAUAUUGUUAAUGUAAUGUUUUUUGAUGCUGGUUAUUCAGAAUGAUAUUCCACAUUGAGGGACUGAAUGAUUAGCUUAAAAACUACAGGGCAAUAUCAACCCAGGUGAUUGGUGUAUAAAUAGCACCGAAAUGAAGCUGGAAAAUUAAUUGCUGUUAUUUCAUGUGCUUAUUUCAAUAUUGUGAUUUUACGGCAUAUGGUGAUAACAUAAAAAUACCAGGUUGACUUUGAAUUGUAAAAGUAUAAGCAAAUUAUGUGAGAAUUUUAGGCCAUUGGUUCCUUCUGAAACAACAUCAUGUCACUUUUUGCAAAUAUCCCUCUAGUUAUAGUGAUGAACCGGACGGGCCUAUAGGUCAGGAUGCCAGGCUCUGUACGCUGGUCUCUCACUGGACUGGUUGUUAUUGUUGGUCAUUUUGGGUAACUUUAUUUGUGUAAUACGUAAAAUCAUAAUGUGCUAACAUGGCUGUGAAAUAAAUGUGCAACAAAAAUUGUUA